GGAGGUGGCUUUAUCUAGUGAUCGAGGCAUCUCUUCCUAGGUUUAAAUCAUAGGAUGACGAGCAUUUAAUUGCGGUAAUUUAUGUUUUCUGAAAAGUAGACUUAGGACUUGACCUUUAGACGUAUGUUGUGAAGACUUCACAUCAAUCAAUUAUAAGAUAUGUCCAAAAGAUUUCCUUGAAAGAAGCGGCAUUGAAAGAUGCUCUCUAUCAGUUAAGAGGCUAGUCGCUUUGGACAUCUUCAUAGCAGACGUGGCACCUUAACUUUGACCUCAAAAGGUUGGCCCCCAAGGCACAUUAGAUGAAGUGAUUAAUCACCUCGGCAUGUUCCCACCUCAACCAAUGAUGGGGAGUGUGGGCCUGGUUGAAGAGGCUUAACAACUGUAAUUAGCAUCAUUAAUCAGAAGUGUGUCUCAUCUGACGUCUAUGCAUACGAAUGAUUGUUGCAGUAUUACAUUUUGUAGAAUGGUGUUUUAAAGAGGACAUUUCUUUUUGAGUGGAAAGACUACUUGUUUCGUGAGCCCUCUCAUUGACAAUUAGUGCUCUAUUCUAUAUGAGAUGCAAAUUUUCGAUUGUGGGUGUUCCUUCAGCUUAUAAAAUACGGCAAAAAUUCUUAAUUCAAGUUUGUGCAUGUGGCAUUAUCCUUUCGUCUUCCAUUUGAGUACCUAUUUUUCGCUUCAAUCCAACUGCAUGUGGUGGUAUAUAGAAAUGAUCUUCUAAGCACUGGUGACAUAGUACAUCAUUAAUUGGUGAAUAAGUUAAUGAUACGUCUCAUGAAUUUAAUGAUUCACUAAUUAAUUGUUCUGUCAUGUCACUGGUGUUUAAUAUAAGCUAGGCACCGGUGCUUAAAAAAUCAUUAUUCUGUGUGUGCACGCAUGUCGCUGUGUAUUUCAUUUUCUUUUUAUAUUUGUGUGCUACCAUAUUUUCCUUUUUCUUUUUAUAUUCGUGUGCUAUCAUAAGUAAGUGUGCCGUGUUCUGAAAUUGUCUAAAAUGAUUUUUAAGUUAUUUGCCUGCUAUUGUUAACUCAACUUUCCAGUAAAAAGUUGAAAAAUGUGACAUUCCCUUAUUUGCAGCAUACUCGUUGGAUGAAAUUGAUCAUAAGACAAAGGCCUUCCGAGCAUCUGCAAAUCACCCCAUUGGAAAUGCCUCGUCUUCUUUUGAUAAAUUUCAAGCUUAUUUAAGCUCUGCUGCAAUGGCAGUUCCUGCUAAGUUGGUUGACCUUUACAUUGACUUGAGAAGGUUAACUGAAGAACAUGUUCGAGGUUUUACAGAACCAAAUUCAGACAAGCUUCUGCCUGAUAUGCACCCCUUGGAGCAGAAUGUUUUCACCAUUGUUCUAGAUUUAAAUGAGACAUUGAUAUAUUCUGAUUGGAAGCGAGAGCGAGGAUGGAGAACAUUUAAAAGACCAGGUGUAGAUGCCUUUCUGGAGCAUUUAGCUCAGUUUUAUGAAAUCAUAGUUUUUUCUGACCAACAGAUUAUGGAAGUUGAUCAGGUGGUUAACAGAUUGGAUCCAAAGAACUUUAUCCGGUAUAGACUUUCACGUGUAGCAACAAGAUAUGUUCAUGGCAAACACUUUAGGGACCUCUCGAUGCUGAAUAGAGAUCCCAAAAAGGUUCUUUAUAUUAGUGCUCAUGCUCUAGAAGGUACCCUUCAAUCAGAAAACUGCGUUUCAAUAAAACCGUGGCAAGGCGAAGUAGAAGACACUGCACUUUUAGAUCUUAUUCCCUUCCUUGAAUAUAUUGCUAAACACAGACCAGCUGAUGUUCGAACUGUUUUAGCUUCUUAUCAAGGACUCGAUAUUUCAAAAGAGUUCAUAGAACGAUCCAAAGAGCAUCGAAGGCGAAUGCAAGAUCAAAAGCAGCGUGGUCUUUUGUGGCGACAAUAAGAAUUGCAUGGAAUCAGAUGAACAGAAAUUUUGGAAAAUUGGCAAUAGAAACUUCUGAUACUGCUUGAAGCAUGUCUAAUAGGAGGGACCCAGGCAUUUGUGUAACGAAAUGGACACUUCAUAAGGUUUGUAGGGGAAGAAGAGAGAAUCUUCGUGAGUGGGAUGGCUUUCACCAGUCGGAGUCACACAUUUUGUAUAGUGAGACCACAUAAAUAUACCUCUUCUUUAUUCAUUUAAGAUUAUUCCAUGAGAUAAGUUCUUCAUUCGUUUUGCUCGACUCAUUGUAAAGAUUCUAAUUUGAACGAAUCGGAAAAGAAUGUUAUCUAGA